AUGAAGAGUUGCGAACUUUGUAAGCGGCCGGCGCGGACGCACUGCCCGGCGGACCAGGCGAGCUUGUGCUGGCCUUGCGACGCCGCCGUGCACUCCGCCAACUUCCUGGUGGCGAGGCACUCCAGGACCCUGCUCUGCCGCGUGUGCCAGGGCCCGACGCCGUGGUCCGCCUCCGGCUCCGAGCUCGGACCUAUUUCCGCCGUCUGCGAGAUGUGCGUCGAUCGGAGAUCAGGCGGAGGAAACGGCGGAGGCGGUUCGCCUUCGUCGGAUGAGGUGGAGCAGGCGGUGGUAGAGGAGAUUCAGGUGGUGCCAUGGUCGCCGCCGCCGGCCGAGAGCAGCUCAAGCGCCGAGGAGACGGAGGUAUCGGGGAAGCGGCGACGGACGGGCGGCUCUUCUGGAAAUUUCCGAUCCAAUGAAGAUAAGAGCUCGUCGUCUACGCUCAACACAUUAACUCCGCCGCCGGCGGCGGCGUGGCGGAAUGCGGGUUCUGAUCGGGUGGGUACAUGCGGGUCGCCGCGGGGUCGGGCGUUUUGGAGUAGGUGA